AUGAUGUCAACUAAUAUUUCAAUAUGUUCGCUGAUAUCUGUGGGAUUAAUCCUUUCAUUACCAUUGUCGGAUGCCUUUCAAGGAAUGGAAGUUGGACCAAGACAAUACAGCACCACCGCCACCAGACUGUACAAUUCACAAAAGAAAAAGCCACGAUUUUCACAGCAAGCUCAUAUUCAAAAGAAGGAAUCAAUAUCACGGAGCAAACCUAAACCUUGGGAUUCUGGAAAGUCCAUUGACGAGCUCGAAUCGAAAUUGAUGUCAAGGUGGGGAACUUUGGAAGACCAGCAAGCACCUACGUCCAAUGGCAAAACGAAGAAAAAGCAAACGUCCCGGUCCACGCCAGACCUCAGAGCGCCUGUAUUUGAUCCUUGGGAUGACGACGAACAGCCUAAGCGACAAGUUGUCCGUGAAUAUUACGAUGAGGAUGAUGAAGGAUUUGAGUAUGUUGAAUUGGAAGAUGACGAAGAAUUCGACAUAAGCGAAAUACAGUUUGACGAUACCGAUACCGUAUUCUCCGGGCAAUCGUCCAAGUUUGAAUCUAGAAAAAUGAGAGUUGGAGACUUGAUUUCACCCAAACCAGUGGGUGGGAGAGGGACUUUUAAGUCGGACGAUGAAGCAGGCGGCUACUUUUUCAAUCCCAAGAGCACCACCACAGCUCCCAUAGACAACAAGAAGAAAAGCCAAUCGGCACAGACAAAAGAGAAGAAGGAAGAAGCAGAACCGAAGAAAAAAGAACCAAAGGAAUCCGCGAAAGAGAUCAUGGGAGAGAAUGGAAAGCCACUUUUGUUGUGUGUAGAAGAAGCUAUGUCACGGUUCGAAUCGACAGUGGAAGAAGGUGUGAUGGACACUAUUGAUGCCACGGAAGAAUCUCCCAUUGUCGCUCUCGCAAAAAAGAAAUCGUGGGAAGACUUGGGAAUCACAUCGCCCAUUCUGCUGGAGAACCUUGACUACAUGAAUUGUCUGGCGCCUUUGGAUGUUCAGGUCAAGACAGUGCCAGCUGCCCUGACAGGCAAUGAUGUGUUGGUGGGAACCUACACAGGUAGUGGAAAGACUCUAAGCUUUUUGGCACCCUUGAUACAGAGACUGCUAUGGGAUGGCGACAAUGUUGAUUUCAAGAAUCUCGGCCUUGCCAUUUUGAUCAUUGCCCCAGGACGUGAAUUGGCGAGUCAAAUUACCAGUGUUACUCGUGAACUGAUUCAGGAUACCGGUUUGACAGUACAACUUGCGAUUGGAGGAACUACCUUCUCUAGAAAUUUGGAACAAAUUCGAAAACGAAAACCCAACAUUAUCGUUGGAACACCUGGUCGUAUCGCCGAACUGGUAGUUGGGAAACCUGGAGAAAAGAGCGGACGACUUAAGAUUGCCUCUUUGCAGUCCUUGGUCAUGGAUGAAUUCGAUGCUUUGUUGGAGUACAAGCCACACCGUGAACCCACCCGCGCCAUUAUGACGACCUUGAAAAGGCGGCAUCGGGACUCCAUGCAAUCCAUUCUAUGUUCCGCCACAGCUUCCGACAUUAUGGAAUCCUCCAAGGUGGUAGACUUUUUGCGACCUGGAUUUGAAACUGCCAUGGCCGACGAGACGGAUGUCCUUGUCUCACGCAAAAACAAAAAGUCGACCAUGGUCAGCAAGACCGCCUUGCACGGUGUUAUGCACGUACCACACCGCCGAUUUGCCUUGGACACUCUUCGACGAGUCUUGCACACAGAUCCAAACCCGCAGCAGAUCCUUAUCUUUGUAGAGAACUCUCGCAAGGUAGACAUUGUCGUUGAAAAGUUGGGGAAUAUGGGAAUUGUGGCAGCACCGCUUCACGGUGGUAUGAAUAGUGACAAGAUGGACCGUGCUGAAGUAAGCAAAGCACUCCGGGAAGGAUACGUGGGCAUUGUGGUGGCUACUGAACUUGCGGCUCGUGGAUUGGACGCUCCUCUACUUACGCAUGUCAUCAACUUGGAUCUUCCAACCGACGCCUCGCACUAUGCCCAUAGAUCGGGUCGAUGCGGUAGAGGAGGACGACCGGGUGUAGUCAUCAACUUUACCACUGGUCCAAAGGAACGAAACGUACCCCAACGAUUCGCCGAUUCUUUGGGAAUUGAAAUGCACAGUGUCGAAGCAAGGAGUGGGAAACUGGUCAUGGUUGAUCCAACAACCCAAAAAUUGGAUGAAUAA